GAGGAAACAGAUCAUCACACACUCACAGAUGCGAGACCCGGAAUUUACUUAAUUCUUAGUUAGGUCUCUGGUUGACUCUUCCCCUUUGCAGUAUUUUUUCUGUGACCUCCUUCCAGGUGUGACACACAUUCAGCAGCAGAAGAGGAAGACGUUUCAGAAUGUCUGUAGGGCUAGAGUUGAUAGGCAUCUCCCUGUGCAUUUUGGGAUGGAUUAUUGCCAUUGUGGCGUGCGCUCUUCCUAUGUGGAGGGUGACAGCCUUCAUCGGCAGCAACAUUGUGACAGCUCAGAUCAUCUGGGAGGGCCUGUGGAUGACUUGCGUGGUCCAGAGCACGGGCCAGAUGCAGUGUAAGGUCUAUGACUCCAUGCUUGCACUCUCCCAAGACCUCCAAGCUGCCCGCGCCCUCACCAUCAUCUCCAUCCUGUUAGCCAUCCUAGCAGUGCUCAUUGGCAUCGCUGGGGCCAAGUGCACAAACUGCAUUGACGACGAGGCAUCCAAGGCCAAGGUGAUGAUCAUCUCUGGGGUCUUCUUCAUUAUUUCCGGGGUCAUGCAGCUCAUUCCUGUCUCUUGGGCGGCCAACACCAUAAUCAGGGACUUCUACAGCCCUUUAAUUACUGACGCUCAGCGGAGGGAGCUGGGGGCCUCGCUGUACAUCGGCUGGGGAGCAGCUGGCCUCCUGAUUCUCGGUGGCGGAAUGCUCUGCUGCUCCUGUCCGCCACGUGAGACCAGAUACAACCCUUCACGAAUGGCUUACUCUGUCUCACGGUCCGUAGGUGGCCCCGGGUUGGAAAAGAAAGACUAUGUAUGAAUGAAGGUCAAAGAGGAAAAGAUAUUAUUGAAUUUUAAACCUGUGGUCCACACCUACUGGUGUGCUGAGGAAAAGAGCUCAAGGAAACAAGGAGACUCCGUAAUGAAGGAUGUGUUAUAUUUUGCCUUUCAUGUUAAGUAUCUCGGACGUAGGCUCUUUGUGUUUUUAGAGACUAAAAGAUCAUGCAAAAGGACAUUGAAGUGGAACUUUGAUCAAGUUUCAAAACAAA